UUAAGUCCUCACAACUUCUGUAAGUAUGUUUCAGCAAACUAAAUGAAAAUUAUGUGCCAACACUAGUAGCUUGCCUGCUAAUUGUUAAAUUAUCCAUUACACUCCGUUGGCUAACAUUUAUAGAUAGUUUACAAUUUAGGUUGCUACUUGGUUCUAUAAGCGUUAUUUAACUAUUCGCUUUUAAGAGAUGUAGAGUAGUAACUCAGUAGUUUUCCCACUGUUUCUACCUAGAUCUUACUGGUGAUGGCAGCACUGGAAAGUUUGAGAGGAAGAGUAGAGGCAGGGUUAGUUUUUGGUCCACAACACCUAAAUGUAGACGCAGAAGAGGAGGAAGACUCACCUCUGGUGUUACUGAGUGUUUUUGCUCAGCAUGGACAAGUGGCUCUAUGCUUCUAUGACAGUAAUGACUCCUCUUUACACUACAUGAAAGACACUCCUGACAACUAUGAGCUCCACCUGCUGGCCAGAGUCAUCCAGGAGCUUAGUCCCCAUGUUAUUAUCACCAGUGCAAAGCAGGAGCACUGCAUGACACGCUUCCUGCAAAAACUUGGUGCAAACCCAGACUACAAACCUGAGGUGGUCAUUUAUCCGUUUGUUGACUUUGGUCUCGAGGUUGGUAAGCAAAGGCUACUGUCUGCCCAUCUGCCUUUCCUUCCUGCCUCCAUUACAGAGAGGGACAAAUUGUCCUACCUCUCCUCCUGUAUCUCCUUUGACUCGCCCCUGAUGAUGAGGGCAGUGGGUGCUCUGCUCAAAUGUCUGGACAGGAGGAGAGUAGGAGUGGAGCUGGAAGACAGCAGUGUUGGAGUUCCAAUCCUACAGUUUCACGCCUACACACUUAAAGGUGUUGUUUGUAUUGACAGAGACACCUACAGUGUACUGCAGAUCUUUAAGUCAGAACUUCACCCAUCAGUCUACAAGCUGCAUUCGGGUGAAAAAGAAGGACUCAGUCUUUACGGCAUACUUAACCGCUGUAGGUGCAAGUUUGGUUCCAAACUACUACGUGAGUGGUUUCUGCGGCCAACACAGGACCUUGCUGUGUUACACAGGAGACAGGAAGUAAUACGCUUCUUCACGUCACCUCGUAACUCCGAUGCCCUGAGCACUCUGCAGUCCUCACUGCGCAACAUCGGCAACAUACCAACUCUCCUGCGCAAAAUGUCUCUCUCUCACACCAAAGUCACAGACUGGCAGAGUCUUUACAAGACAGUGUACAGUGUGGUGUGUAUCAGGGACACAGUGCGGCGCCUGCCUCAGUCCAUUCAGCUCUUCCGUGAUAUAAGCGAAGGUUUCUCUGAUGACCUCCAGUAUAUUGCCUCACUCAUCAGCAGAGUUGUGGAUUUUGAGAGCAGCAUAGCUGAAAACCGCUUCACCAUCAAACCAAACGUGGACUCGGCAAUUGAUGAUAAGAAGAGGAGGAUGAUGGGUUUGUCCGACUUCCUAACAGAUGUAGCCAGAAGAGAGCUGGAACACCUGGAUUCUCGCAUCCCCUCCUGCUGCGUCAUCUACAUCCCACUGAUUGGGUUCCUGCUCUCUGUCCCUCGCCUGUCCAGCAUGGUAGAGAAAGAGGAUUUUGAGAUAGAAGGGCUUGAUUUUAUGUUUCUUUCAGAGGAUCGUCUGCAUUACCGCAGCCAGAGAACCAAGGAGCUGGACGACCUCCUAGGAGACUUACACUGUGACAUCAGAGACAUGGAGACAGCAGUGAUGACCCAGCUGCAGAGCACAAUCCUCGAGAGAAGCGCUUCCCUCUACAAGGUUCUGGGUCUGAUUGCUGAGCUGGACUGUCUGAUGGCUCUGAGCAGUGCCUCUCAAGAGUACGGCUACUCUUCACCUAAACUCUCCAGCCACAGAAAGAUCUCAAUCAUACAGGGCAGACACCCUCUUUUAGAGCUGUGCUCCCCUGUGUUUGUGGCCAACUCCUUUCUGAGCUCUGAUUCAGAGGACAGAGUCAAAAUCAUCACUGGCCCAAACUCAUCUGGCAAGAGCAUCUACCUCAAACAGGUGGGUCUAAUUGUGUUCAUGGCUCUGAUUGGCUCAGACAUUCCUGCAAAGGAGUCAGAGAUCGGUCUCGUGGAUGGGAUCUUUACCCGCAUGCAGAGCAGAGAGUCCGUGUCUGUGGGCCUCAGCACCUUCAUGAUAGACCUCAACCAGAUGGCCCAGGCUCUGAACAGCAGCACGGGCAACUCAUUAGUUCUCAUCGAUGAAUUCGGAAAAGGAACUAACACAGUGGAUGGACUGUCCCUGCUGGCUGCAUCGGUCUCUUAUUGGUUGAGAAAAGCUCCCGUGGAUGUUCCUCACGUGCUGUUGGCCACUAACUUUCACAGUUUACUGCAGCUGGGCCUCUUACCCUCCUCUUGCCUGCUGUCUCUUCUGACUCUAGAGACAGCUGUGGACGGUGAUGAGUUGGUGUUUUUGUACCAACUGAAGGAAGUCUGUAAGUCCAGCUAUGCUGCAAACAUCGCCACUCUGGCAGGCCUACCAACCAGCCUUGUACAGAGAGGAGUGGAGGUGUCUGAACUGUACAGGACAGGACGUCCUGUCAAACGCAUUGACAAAGCAUCAUCAGAUGAGCAGGCGAACAGGUGCAGGUCUGUGGUGGAGAAGUUCCUGUGCUUGGACCUGGAGGACAAAGACUUGGACCUUCAGCACUUCAUGAAAGAGGAGCUCCUGCCCUCUGCUGGGGAGCUGCUAAACCGCACUAAAGUCUAACUGCUGUCUCAUUUCUACAACUCUGUGGUCAGUUUGCUCUUUCACUAUCUGAGUUGAGCUGUUUUGGAAAGAGUUCACUUUAACUGAUGUUCAACCUAUGGACAGAAUAUUUGUAUUUAAACGCAUCAGGAGAAUUAUUUUACAUAUCAUUGCAAUACAUAUUAUACUGCAUAUGUUGGGAAGGCUGUUAAUUUUUCUUGUGUUGUUUUUAGUUAAAAUUGUAUGUUUUAUUAGAAAACAAACAGAUUGGUUGGAUUAAAGGCUCUAGAAACAUGCAUGUUUAUGCUCUAAUCAUCUUAGUAGGGUUUUCUAAUUAAGUAGUGUACUGGACUGUAAAAAAAUACUGUAAGCUGGUGAUUUGUCUUCACCAUAUGUUCAAAGACCUUUCAGCUUCACUUCACAGAGUCCUUUUCUUUUCUUUUUGACAACAUAGAUAUAAAUGCAGCAUGUUCAUUAUGAACCCAUUGAGGAUUCAGAGAGGUGCCAUGUGGUUAGUAGAGCCAUGGUGAGAUACAAAAGUGUGUUGAUAGGGAGUUUGUGCGCAAAGUUGCAGAAGGGAGUGUCACAGCAGUGUUUGGUCAUGACAACAAAUGUCUUAUUAGGGAAGAGUUUCACCGUAGUCUCCACGCCACACUCCUCCACUUUUGCACAACCCAGUGUCUUUACAUCCAGAGCGUCAGCUGGGGAGAUAAGUGUAGAAUCUCAGUUCAAGUGAAAUAUUAACAUAAUUUCCCCCCUUAAAAUGGU